UGCAAGCAUAAAUAGAAGGAAGUGAAGAGUUAUCAUCUCUCAAAUUUCUUUGUAUCUGCAGCAUAUUCUGUUCGAUUCGAAUUUCACGGAACAUGGAGAAAGCCAUCAACAGACAAAACGUUCUUCUUCAACAUCUCAACCCUUCUUCCGUUUCGAUCUACUCCACCAACCCUGAUUCAUCAUCACCGACCUCCCUCUAUGCUUCAGCAUGUGCCGCGGGGGACAGUGCUGCAUAUUUAAGGCCGUCUGGAUUUGGGGACGAUGUAGUGAUUGUGGCUGCUUAUCGGACUGCGCUUUGCAAAGCGAAACGCGGUGGUUUCAAGGACACUCAUGCUGAUGAUCUACUAGCUCCUGUUUUGAAGGCUGUAGUAGAGAAAACCAACGUGAACCCAAGUGAAGUUGGCGACAUUAUUGUCGGUAGUGUACUGGCACCUGGGUCUCAAAGAGCUAGUGAAUGCCGAAUGGCUGCAUUUUAUGCUGGUUUUCCUGAAACUGUGCCUAUUAGGACAGUUAAUAGGCAAUGCUCAUCUGGGCUCCAGGCUGUCGCUGAUGUAGCUGCUGCUAUUAAGGCUGGAUUCUAUGACAUUGGUAUUGGUGCUGGUUUGGAAUCUAUGACAUCUAAUCCAAUGGGGUGGGAGGGAUCUGUGAAUCCUAAAGUAAAAGAAUUCGAACAAGCCCAAAACUGCCUUCUUCCAAUGGGGAUUACCUCUGAAAAUGUUGCGCAUCGCUUUGGGGUUUCAAGGAAAGAACAAGAUCAGGCUGCAGUUGAGUCUCACAGGCGAGCUGCUGCUGCUACUGCUGCUGGUAAAUUUAAAGAUGAAAUUAUACCAGUUACCACCAAGAUUGUAGACCCAAAAACUGGUGAGGAGAAAUCUGUCACCAUAUCCGUUGAUGAUGGAAUUCGACCUAAUGCAACAGUAUCUGAUCUAGCAAAGCUUAAACCUGUGUUCAAGAAAGAUGGAACCACCACUGCUGGUAAUUCUAGCCAAGUGAGUGAUGGUGCUGGAGCUGUUCUGCUGAUGAAAAGAAGUGUUGCAAUGCAGAAGGGGCUUCCAAUCCUUGGUGUAUUCAGGACUUUUGCUGCUGUUGGUGUUGACCCUGCUGUCAUGGGUGUUGGCCCAGCUGCUGCAAUUCCAGUUGCGGUGAAGGCUGCAGGUCUAGAGCUUGACGAUAUUGAUCUUUUUGAAAUAAAUGAGGCUUUUGCUUCCCAGUUUGUGUAUUGCCGUAACAAACUAGGGCUUGAUCUAGAAAAGAUCAAUGUUAAUGGAGGUGCAAUGGCAAUUGGACAUCCUCUGGGGGCAACAGGUGCUCGAUGUGUAGCAACUCUGUUGCAUGAAAUGAAGCGACGUGGCAGGGAUUGUCGAUUUGGAGUUAUAUCUAUGUGCAUAGGUACUGGAAUGGGUGCAGCUGCUGUGUUUGAGAGAGGUGAUGGUGUUGAUGAGCUUCGCAAUGCCCGAAAAGUGGACAACCUUCAUUUAUCCAAGGAUGCUCCCUAUAAAUAGUUACUUCAUACUCACUUUACUUGGUCAUCAAUUCAGAAAUCAAAAUAAAGCUUUGUUCUAUGACAGUGAAAAUAUCAAAUCACUUGUCAAGGAUUUCAUCAUUUUUAUUCAUAAUAGACUUAUUAGUCUGUGAGUUAUUCUUGUUUUGACCUUACCAGCCGACUCCUGUAUUGGUUAGAAAUUAUUGUUUGAAAGAAAACUAAAAUGGAAUAGCAUUUGUUUCA